GGCCCGGCACAGCGGCCAAGGGGCCAAGGGAUGAGCUGGGACCCUCCCCUCAAAUGGCAUCUUCCCCUGGUCUGGAACUGAAGUCGCUGAGCAAUGGCCCCCAGGUCCCAAGGAGAACAGCUCCCCUGGGCCCAGGCGCCCCACCCAGGGAGGGUGUGGAGAAUGCCUGUUUCUCCUCGGAGGAGCACGAGACCCGUUUCCAGAACGCCACGAAUGCCAGUCCCACUGGGGGUGUCCCUUCACUGUCCCGAUCCCAGCAGGACGAUCUGUCUGUGCACUCGGAGGAGGGGCUGGGCCUGGAGCCCGUGAGCCGCCCCGUGGAUUACGGCUUCGUGUUCGCCCUGGUUUUCCUGGUGAGUGGGAUCCUCCUGGUAGUGACAGCAUAUGCCAUCCCCCGCGAGGCCCGCGUCAACCCGGACACAGUGACAGCGAGGGAGAUGGAACGGCUGGAGAUGUACUACGCCCGCCUGGGCUCCCACCUGGACAAGUGCAUCAUUGCGGGCCUGGGGCUGCUCACAGUGGGCGGCAUGCUACUGUCCGUGCUACUGCUGGUCUCCCUGUGCAAGGGCGAGCUCUACCGCCGGCGGACCUUUGUCCCCGGCAGAGGUUGCAGGAAGACCUAUGGCUCCAUCAACCUGCGCAUGAGACAGCUCAGCGGCGAUGGGGGCCAGGCCCUGGUGGAGAAUGAAGUUGUCCAGCUCCCGGAGCCCAGCCACACCCUGCAGCGGUCCUAAGUAGGAGCCUGCAAGUCUGGCUGCUUUAGCUCCACGGCCCCAAGGCCUGGGGGUUUCAAACGGAGCUCCACCUGGGGCCAGUGGGAGGAGUCUCAGGGGUGGAGGGGGAGCCCCCUGGGGCCUGACCCAGGCCCCACUACAGUGGGAGCCCAGGGAGCUGUUUUGUAGCUUGAAGUUUUGCAAAAGGUUUUGG